GCGCCCCACCCUCCGCGGCCUCGGGGUCCCCGCCCACACACCCCCAGCGGGCGGCUUCGCGCUGCCCGAAGGCCGGGGGCGCGCGUGACUCUCGUCUGCGGCGCCAGGGGUGUGCCUCCUGCAGACCAGGCUCGGAAGGGGGACGCCCCGGGCGCGGGGCCACUGCUCUCGCUUUCUCGUGGUCGCAGACGCCCUCCCGGGGGGCGUCCCGCGGCCGGCGCGAUGAGUGCCAACGAGGACCAGGAGAUGGAACUGGAAGCUCUGCGUUCCAUUUACGAAGGAGACGAAAGUUUCCGGGAGUUAAGUCCAGUUUCCUUUCAAUAUAGGAUAGGUGAAAAUGGUGAUCCCAAAGCCUUCUUAAUAGAGAUUUCCUGGACAGAAACAUAUCCCCAAACACCUCCAAUUAUAUCUAUGAACGCUUUUUUUAACAACACCAUAUCGUCAGCUGUAAAGCAGAGCAUAUUAGCCAAGUUACAGGAAGCCGUGGAGGUCAAUCUUGGGACUGCCAUGACCUACACGUUGUUUGAAUAUGCCAAGGACAAUAAAGACCAGUUCAUGGAGAAUCAUCAGCCUGUGAAUUCUACGAUACCCAUAAGCAGUAUCAUCUCCGUUGAAACUCCUAAUACAGCCCCAUCAAGUAAGAAAAAAGAGAAAAAAGAACAGCUUUCAAAAGCCCAGAAACGUAAGCUGGCAGAUAAAACAGAUCACAAAGGAGAACUUCCUCGAGGAUGGAACUGGGUUGAUGUGGUGAAGGUAUAUAAUACUUACAUUCUGGGCUUUGAAACAUUGUUAUCGGUCUAUCAUCAAAUAAUGAAAUUUAUAUCUUCCAUUUUUUUUCUCCCCCCUCAACCUUUGAAUUUUACUGGGAUGGCUGUUUCCUUUUUUGCUUCAGCAUUUAAGCAAAACUGGCUCUAAAGAAGACGAAUAGUUCUUGGAAUUGAAGACAAGGGAAAAGCAUCCUUUAAGAAGGAAACUGGGUUCAAAAUCCUUCAUUAUUACUCUUUUCUGGUAUUGAGGUGGCUUUUUAUAAAACAAUUUUUUUGUAUGUUUCUUAUGUAAAAAAAAAUGUUUUAAGCUGAAAGUUCAUGAAAAGAUCUGGUUGUAUUAAAUUAUUUUCACAAACUUGCCUUAAUAAAAGGUGAAAUAUUACCGUUUAGUAUACUUUAUGAAGAUGGUUGAUCUUUGUAAAUGGACAAAAUGGGAAAAAAUAAAUAAUCAAUGUGAAUUUAUAUGAUCUUAUUCCAGUGGAUUGGCUGUUUUUUAAAGGAGUAGGAAGCCCUUUUGAAACUCUUAUCCCAGUGGAUCAGAAUACUGAGUAUACAGUUGCUCUGUGGUGUGAUCCAUUUUAAUAGACUUCUCAUCUUAAUAAAGUCUUCAUCUCUCCUUUCUCUUAAUUACUGAAGCGUAAAUUGCUCCAGAGAAAUUUAAAUACUAAUAUUUGAACUUACUACAUAAUAUUCUUUGUAGUUCCUUUUUAUUUUUCAAGGGUGAACCACUUCUUUCUUAUUUUUAGUAAAUGAGUAUCUGUUCAUACUCUUCUCUUCUUUUGGGUCAUGAUGUUUGACCAUGAGAGUUUUCGGCUGUAUGCGGACUAGGGGAAUAUAAAAUAAAUCUGCCAAAUACAUUCAGAAGCGUUUGAGUAGAAGUGCUGGUUCCCACUGAAAACAUUUCUCUUUGCUGCAUAUACCAAGAUGGGAGUAAAAGAUGCCUUAAUAUUUAAUUUUUGUAUUUUUGGGAGACAGUGGUUUUAAUAAAUUCCUGUUUCUCUGCCACUGUGUGUUUUUGGUUCUCUCGCGACAGGUCUUCUAAAUGGUUUAACAUAAAACCACCUUUCAGGUCUUGUUUCUUUUCAAGUAGCCGUGUGGAUUUCUCAGGCUGAACAUCUGUUUUCAUAGUAAUAAACGUAGAAGUGUUUCAAAUGCUGAAUCAUAGUACAAGCUUGAUUAUUUUUUUUUAAUCACGAGUAGGGUAACUGUUAGUGACAUGUAACCAGGAAGUCACUGAUGUGUUGUGUGACUUAUGGUGACUACAUUUACUCCCUGGCUGGAGAACCCUGAGAACUGCUGCUGGUUCUAGAAGGGUAAACUGUUGGUUCCUCCAGUUACACCUGUGCAGCUCGGGUCUGACUUUUCAAAGAAUAAUGAACUUCUAAAGACAUGUCCUUAGCAUCAGAGCAGUUUAAAUUGUAUGCGUGGCUUUUACUGGGCUAAUAUUAGGCUCAGUUAAAUGGUUGGAAUUACACAGUAAAUACAAUUAUGGUAAAGAAGUGUAAUCUGGUUUUCAAAAGCUAAAUCACACUUUAUAUCUUGAACUAAUAGAAGCAUUACAAUUCAAGACCACCGGAAUACACCAGUUCGUUUUUGGGGGUGUGUACAUGAUUUUUGUUGUGUUAUUUGUUUGCUUGUUUUUAAAGAAACUGAAACUACAGAUCUGCUCGUGGAACAAAUUGUGUUUUGCUCUGAAGAUUCUGAAGUUGUUCAGGCUUACUGUGGUUCAAAGAUGACAAAGAAUAAUGCUAGUUAAAUGCCAAUGAACUAUUUUUACUCUUUUUUAUACGAAAUGUACAAAUUUGGGGGGUGAUGGUAGCAACGGGGCCUCUGACCACCUUCUCUAAAGCACUGGAACAUUCUCAUCUGUUUUACCACUGUCUAUUCAACACUCCCAGUAUAUUUUCUCCAAGUCUGUCUACCUAAAACUGUACGGAAUGACAUAAAUAAUGAGCAAUAAAACCAGAAUUAUACACA